AGAGAAAGAGAGAGAGAGAAAGAGAGAAAGAGAGAGAAAAUGGUUGUACAUCUUGCUUCAGCCUCGUCUCUCCCGCUGAACGCAUCAGUGAGCUGCUCAUCCUGGUAGAAAACCGGAUUUAGUCUUCUUCAAAGGGACCGGCAGUCUGCGGAGGCCCUGUGCGCCGUGACGUCAGCGCGCACGGUGACCUGCGCCACCCCGUCUGCCGCAGGAGAACCUCCAUCAGCCGCUUCAACUGCCGUGAACUCAGCCCGGGCAGCGCCCGUCAGAAACGACACAGACAGCGCCUCGUCAGCAGACUGGUCCCGCUCAUCAUCUGAUAUGGAAGCGGCGUCCUCCUCCUCCUCCACUCAGUGCCGAUACAGUUAUGAAGAGUACAAGGAGACAGCAGACUGGCUGCUGGCCCACACAGAGCAGCGUCCUAAAGUGGCCAUCAUCUGCGGUUCAGGUCUGGGUGGUCUAGCUAAUCUGCUGGACAACAAGUCCGUCUUCCCCUAUCGUGACAUCCCACGAUUCCCCACCACCACUGUGGCAGGUCAUGACGGUCAGCUGGUGUUUGGGAGGCUGCAGGGCCGUGAGUGUGUCUGUAUGCAGGGGCGGUUUCACUUCUACGAGGGCUACAACAUACACACGGUGACGUACCCAGUGCGAGUCUUCUUCCUGCUGGGUGUGGAAACUCUGAUCGUGACAAACGCAGCGGGGGGACUCAAUGGCACCUACGAUGUGGGGGACAUCAUGCUCAUCAAGGAUCACAUCAACAUGCCGGGCUUUGCGGGCCAGAACCCGCUUUGUGGGCACAAUGAUGAAAGGUUCGGAGUGCGCUUCCCUUGCAUGUCGGAUGCGUAUGACCGAGAGUUGAGGGCUCUGGCCAAGCAAACAGCAGAGGAGCAGGGCUGCGACAGCUUCCUGCAGGAAGGGGUUUACUGCAUGCUGGCUGGACCGACAUAUGAGACGAUUGCAGAGUGCAGACUCCUGCAGACGCUGGGGGCUGACGCUGUGGGUAUGAGCACCGUCCCGGAGGUGGUGGUGGCUCGACACUGUGGCUUGCGUGUCUUGGGUCUCUCCCUCAUCACCAACAAGGUCGUGACAGAUUAUGACAGCAGUGAGAAGGCAAACCAUGAAGAGGUGCUGAAGACCACUCAGUGCCGCACCCAGGACCUCCAGAAGCUCGUCAGCCACCUCAUCACCAAGCUGUAGUGCUUUUAUCUAAAAUCUUGUUGGCAUAAAAUAAGAUAUCCAGCCUCAAAACUAAGUGACUGGUGAUAUGAUAAUCAUAGCUUUGAACAAAAAGUUAAAUUUAUGUGCAGAUGGUGAAGUGUUCAAGAUAGGGUGGACAGAUUAUUAUUUAUUACUGGGUAAUGUGGUGAACCAGGGGAGUCAGUGAGAUUUUUUCAGCAGAGUUAAAAAAAAAAAAAAAAAGAAAAUGCUACUUAGAGACACUCAUAAUACCUGGAAACACCCACAGCAUUUCAUGAAUGCUGAAAAGGCUAGUUUGCUAUUCGUUUUUAUUACAGCGAGGCUUUCACAAAUGAGGAAGUGUUAGCCUGGAUCUAGUCUCCAUGAAUCACAGUCAUGACAGGCCUACAGCAUUUUGCCAACUGCAAAAUGAUGGUGGCAGAUUUCAUCGUCAGUGCUGUUAUGGUGUCUAUAACUUGAAAGAACAAUGAGAGGCCACUGGUCUAGGAGUUUCCUUUUUUACACCAGGCUGAAAAACCUUCACUGCCCCUCUCUGGAUGAAAGUAUGUUUCACUGAUAGACCACACCAAGCAUCCAUUUUGGCUGUGGUUGGUAUGGUGCUUUGCUGCAUCCCCUAACCACACCCGACAAUGAUGUCACGGUGUACUGACACACCCUGGUCAGUACACCUCUGCAUCACCGCAGGCGAGCAAAAACAAAACCAAAAAACAAGAUCCUCAGGAGCUGUACAGUUACAGUCUAACAAUAAAUGGCACAUGCAAAUCAUGAGAUGUGUAAAUCGUGGUAAGGAAAUGCGGUGAAAGUAGAAUUAGUGGGUGUCUCUGAAAUCCUUGGGUGACAUAUUGACUUUUAUUGUGUGUUUGUUUGACUCCAUAUUGAUUGUUGCAGUGGCUAAGAUCAGGUCUUAUAAUCACAGUAUACCAUUCUAUUAUUUAAAAUUAUUUAAACCUCAUCAUUAUGUAUCUCUGUCCUGCAUUAGAGCUGAAGGGUGGCUGGGGUUGCAGUGGCUGACAAAAAGACUGGGACUUUUCUGAUAGCUGAACCUAUAUAUCUGAGUGCAUCUAAACAGUGUAAUGAAUAGGGGAUAAUUUCAUGGCCAGCUUAUGCAACUGACUGCGAACGACUACUACUAUACACGUGCAGCCUUUAGAUGUACUGAGAUGAUCACUGAGUAGCACCCUGUCUCUUUUUUAACACUUCAUUUUUUAAUGAUUGUCUGUUAUUAAGGUUUAUAUGCUGUUACUUACGACUUGUCAACCCUCCAUUGUUUAUACUUACAUGCAUAGAUGCUGUAUGUCUUAUUUGCCUUUAGCCCGGAGCAGUGUUCACAUCUACCACCAAUGCAUUCAUCAUCUGCCAGCCAGAUGUAUUCAGAGGACACUGUGCUCUUAAUGGUGCUGGUCUUGACAUGUUUGUGCAGGGCUAAAGAAAACAGCCCAUCACUCCAGCAGGGUCUAUUCUUGAAACAACAUAAUUAAUAGCUGCUAAUUUAGAGAGUAUAGAAUAAUUCUUGUUAUCAGACAGAGUCAUUGGGACCAAGUUUAUUUGCACUCUUUAAUGAUCAAGUCAGAGUUGUCUAUUUUUGAAGCAGACAAAUCACUUAUUUUAGCUAUUUAAUGUAUUUUUUGCUGAAACGAUGUGACAUAAUGCCAGUGGCGUGUCAAUCUAUGAUCCAAAUCCUUGUCGGAUCUCUGAAUACGGAAAUAAAGUUUUAGCUGAA